AUGUUCUGGUAUAAUUCCUUAAUACGAUUAAAACUGCCACAUUUGGCAAUUAUCAUUACUUUCAUCUCAAUGUUCGCAUGCAUUAAAUGUACAACGACGCAAACAACAAAGAAUAGUACACGGUCGAAAGAAAAACAAGCACUGUCAGCAGAAAUACGCGAUUAUAAAUCCAUUGAUACUAGCGUUGAAAUUACUCCGAUUAAUGAAGGAUUUAUAAUAAUUUCUGAUAACCAGAAUAAAAAGAAUCCUCCAACAAUAUCUUCGACCUCAGCUAGACCCAAAUCAUUAAAACGAGUUUCUACAUCAAGAAACUUGCUUGAUGUGUCGUCGACAACAUGUAAAACUGAACUUCAAAGAACAUCCACCUCUACUAGCAUUAUUACAACUACAACAUUACAAAAAACACCAAAUGAGACAGUAACCUUAAUUACUGAUCAUUCGCAGAGGCGUCUUGGUCGACGAUUACUAAAUGACCCAAGCUACGAUACAGAAAUCGAUCUACCAUCAACAGAAACAUUACUCGAUGAUGAUAGUGACGUUCAAACCUUUCUGAAAUUCGAUGAUACGAACUUGAAUAAACAGUUAAUUGGUGUAGAAGCUAUGAUAGAUGGCAGUGGAGAGACUACGGAAGAUACUACAACAGGAACAUCUAAUUAUACUGCCAGUACUACAACAACAAGCGAAGCAACCAUUUCUGAAAGAACAUCAUCAUUGUCAUUAGAGCAGACAACAGGUACGCAAUCAAAAGACACACAUAUUCAGAAAUCUUACGAAACGACUCAAUAUUUAGGUACAGCUGCACUAAAUGAAAGUUCGACGAUUACUGUAGCCUUCACUAGUCAGAACACAACUACCUACGCACAGGAAUCUGGUGCUACAACUUCACUAACACCAGAUACAGUAUCCCUCGCUACUGGCACUAAUAUCAACACUUUUAGAGAGACCAGUGCAGCGAUUACAACAUCAAUCCUUACAGAAUCAACCGAAACUAGAACGACCACUACCAUUGAAGGAGCUACUCCGGUCACUUCCACUGUGACAAUGAUAGACAUGCUUAGUACAGACACUACGACAUCAACGCGUACGAGCUCAGAAACAAUCGAAGUAGGAUCUACCAUUGCAUCACCUGAACCACUACUAGUCACAACAUCAAUGACCACCAUUACAGAACUACAGGGAACUGAUUUCACUACAUCAACAGCAGAACAAACAGGAACAAUCACAACAUUCACCACAACUAUGACUGGAUCAUUGGGCACUGAAUCUACUACCGAACCAGUUGAACUCACAGGUAUUACAAUACCAACCACCACUAUCAAAGUACCGCUCGGAACUGGUUCUACUUUGACAGAAGGCGGACUAACAGAAACCAUCACAUCAACAACUACAAUAACAUCAUCAAUUGGCACAGUUUCUAACACAACCAUAGUUGAACUGACUGAAACCACAACAUCUAUCAACACUGUUACAGAAUUACUCAGUGGUUCCACCACAACCAUAACGGAGCACACUGGAAGCAUAACAUCGACAGCAACCAUUACAGAGCUAGUCGGUUCUGCUUCUACUACUAUAACAGCCCAACCAACAGUGACAGCGACGUCAACAAGUAUCUUUACAGAAUCGUUGGGAAUUGGUUUCACCACAACAGCAACUGAACAAACAGCAAUCAUGACACCUACUACAAGUAUUGCAGAAUCAGUCAGUACUGCUUCUACGACCACAACAGUCUCACCUACAGAAAUAACGACAUCAACAGGUGUCUUCACAGGAUCGCUCGAAACUGGUUCUACGACGACAACCACUGAACAAACAGGAACCACAACUUCAACAAGCAUCUUUACAGAAUCUGUGGGAACUGGUCCUACUACUACAACAACUCAACCAACAGGAACCACGACAUCAACAACUAUCUAUACAGCAUCGUUGGGAACUGCUUUUACGACUAUAACAGCUCAAUCAACAGUGACAGUGACAUCAACAAGUAUCCUUACAGAAUCUGUCGGAACUGGUUCCACCACGACUAUAACUGAACAAACAGCAAUUAUAACACCUACAACAACUAUACCAGAAUCAGUCGGCACAGCUUCUACGACUACAACAGUUCAAUCAACAGAAACAUCGACGUCAACAAGCAUCUUUACAGAAUCGCUAGCAACUGGUUCAACUACGGCAUCUGUUGAAAUAACAGGAACAACCACAUCUACUACUGUGCAUACGGAAUCCAUUAGCGCACUUACCCCAACGACUAUAAGUGACACGAUAACAAGUGGCACAACAACAACUACAUCAAGUUUCGAAUCACUUGGAACUGCUACUACCGAAACUUCCAAACAGCCAACACAAAACGCAACCUCAGGCUAUACACAAACAGAGCUGGCUGCAAGUCCCACUGAUACUACCACUUCAGAAGCAACUAGAACCACAACAUUCAUUACCACAUUAACGGAACCAUCGCAAACCGAUACAGUAACUUCUAGCCAAACUGCAUCAGCAGCGGAAACCUUCACUAGCACAACAUUAGUAUCGCUUGUCUCUAGCUCAAGCACAAAUAUCUCUGAACACACAGAAACCCUUAUCUCAUCAGCAACUGUACCGGUAUCCGUUGCUGACAAUACUACAGGCACACUACAAAGUACACCUAGUACAACAUCGGUAACAACAACUAUAGCUUCUAUUAGCACUGGCUUCACUGGCACCAUAAACCUGUUAAUCAGUAGUACAGUCUCGACAACAAUCACCACAUCAUCAUUUAACACUGGUUCAGCCACGAUCACACAAGAACGCGCAGAAAGCACAGUUUCUACCACAAUAACACCAGAAUUUACUGGUAGUACCCUAUCCACCAUAACAAGCACCACAACUAUUGCUACAGGCACAACUACUAUAACACCUGAAUUAACAGCUAGCACGGAGUCUACAACAUCCAGUACCUCAACACUUGGUACAGGCACCACCACAAUAACACCAGAAUUUACUGGUAGUACUGUAUCCACAACAACAAGCACAGCAAUCAUUGGUAGUACUGUAUCCACAACAACAAGCACAGUAACCGUUGGUACAGGCAUCACCUCAACAACUCUAGACUUCACAGGUAGCACGGAGUCUACAACGUCAAGUACCUCAACAAUUGGUACAGGCACCACAUCAAUAACACCAGAAUUUACUGGCAGUACUGUAUCCACAAUAAUAAGCACCACAAGCAUUGGUACAGGCAUCACCACAACAACGUUCGAAUCCACAGGUAGCACAGUGUCGGCAACAUCAAGUACCUCAACAAUUGGUACAGCCACCACCACAAUAACAGCAGAAUUUGCUAGUAGUACUGUAUCUGGAACAACAAGCAGCUCAACUACUGGUACAGGCACAACUACGAUGACACCAGAAUUCACAGGAAGCACAGAGUCUAGAACAACGACGGCAUCAACGCUUGAGAUUGCCGUGACAGAUAAAGGCUAUAUAACGUUGGAUAAACCUUUGUAUGCUAUCGAGCCGUCUCAAAACGAGUUACCAGAUAUUCCAUAUAUCGCACCGUUUUGGACAAAUCUCGUCUAUGUUAACCGUACAAUUAUUCGGCCAACCAUUUAUACCGGAUUGUCUAAUGGCACAGCUGAAUGGACGAAAGUAUUAGACACUGUUACUGCAGUGAAGGAAAAUGCGAUUAAUGAGGAAGCAGCGGUGUAUCGUGUAGUGAAAAUACGAUGGGAAAAUCUAUUGACGAAGAUGGAUGGUGCUACUACUGGAAAAAUAGCAUCAGACUUUGAAAAUAUUGUAUUCGACGCAUAUCUGAUGAAUGGACCUGGACGGGGCUUCACUCCCGAAUUAUCAACCGGUGGUGAUCGAACUGUCAAACGGAACCCAUGUCCUUGUUCAUUCUAUCAAGCUUCAUCAGAUUUUCGAUUUUAUAAAUUAAAUAGUGAAAAUCGUUUAGAAAAAACUUAUAAUAUAUCAUGUUUUGUUCCAUUAAGCGGUUUUGCACAACGAACCUCAGAUGCGAUAUCCUAUCAACAAACAUGCUGUUUUGAUACCAACGAAGGAUCUCUAAUUACAUCUGGUCCGUUUGCUGGAUCUGUUCUUGAUGCGUCAGCAAUAGAAUCAUUACGAUAUUACAGAAAUCGACCACAACGUAUCAAAGAACGGGAUGAUUGUUGUAUAGCAAAAAAUGGUACAGUUGAUUGGUCUAACUGGUGUAAUUUAUAUUAUGAAAUUAGACCGCCGAGUACAUGUGAUGGUUAUGAACCACCGUCACAAGCUUGGUUCGGUGGUGAUCCACAUAUACUAACAUCAAGUAAUAGUGAUUAUAGUUGCAAUGUAUUUGGUUCGUUUAUAUAUGCUGAAACAACGAAUGAUGCAAAUAAUACAGCAAAUAAUAUUUCUAAUACGGGCACUAGUUCAACAUUUCUAAAAUCUUUAGUAAGUAAUGAAUUAUUUUCAAUUAUUGCCCGAACAAGUAAAACUUCAUCACGUUUACGAAUCGAUCAAUUUUUUAAUCAAUAUAUAACUUAUUUUUCAUCAUUUUCAAUGUAUCUUGGAUCAAAUCGUGAUGUAAUAAUUGAUGUUGAUAUUAAUCAAACAAAUAGUUAUCAAUUCAAAGUAAAUUAUUUACUUAAAAAUGAAAAUAUACCAACAAAUCCAUUUAAAUUAUCCAAUGAUUUUGUUGAAUAUUACUAUUAUCCAGCAUCAUUAAAUGAUUCAUCACAAUUUGCAUUUUCAAUAAUUAAAGAAAAUCAAACGAUAACGGCAAUUAAUUGGAAUACAUUUAGUUCAGAUAACAAAACUGUACCAGUACAAAUUCAAGUACCACAAUUAACUAUAUCGAUUUGGUCUGGCUUAGCUAUGCAAUGUUAUGUUAUAACAAAUAAUAUGGCAUGUACAUUGUUAUUACCAAAAAAAUAUUAUGGUAAUGUUCGAGGUCUUGCUUUUGGUGAUACUACUAACAAUCCAAGUCAAUAUUGUGCUGAUUAUUCACUUAUAUCAAAUGGAACCGAACAACAAUCAUUAACAAGCAGUAGUGUUUUAGAAUGGUUUACUAUGAGUGCAUCUAGUUUGUAUCAAAAUUACAUAAAUAAUUGGGCAUGUCCAAUGAAUAAAACAUCGUCAACAUACAAAUUUUGUGUACAAGAUACAGUUCUUUCUCAAUCACCUCUAUUAGGACAAUUAACUGUAAGAAGUUCAAAUGAUUAUCAAUCAGCUAAUCGAUUUCUUAGUAAUAAAAUACAUACACAUUUGACAUAUUUAUUGGUUUUUCUUGAUUCAUUCUAUUUUUUUUCAGGUGCCAAUCCUCCAAUGGUAACAUUACAAUCACCAGUAUCAUUAAAUGCACCAUAUACAUACUUACUAACGAUACGACAUAACGAUACAUUUCAAAAUCAAACAAAUGCAGCUAUCAAUGUGAUAAUUGAUCGAAAUUCAUCUAUUCCUGUUCAAAUACGUGAUGGAAACACUAGUGUUCCAAACGAUUGUGAAAAGCAAGGUUCAUUUUACUCUUGUCCAUUUGCAUAUACAAACGAAAAUAGAAAUCAAAUUCAAUUAACAGUUAUCGCAUACGAUAUAUCGAAUAAUUUAACAACUUAUCAAAGAAUUCAAUUAAUUGUAAAUGAAUGUGUUAAUGGUCAAGGGAUAUGGAAUAAUCCAACUAUUUUAUCAUCAUCAGUUAGCGUUUUAUUUUGUAUUUGUGAUGACUAUUCUUCUGGAGAGUAUUGCGAGAAACCAGUUGGUUGUAAUGAUAUGACUGCUUGUCUAUUAAAUUUUCUUCCAUAUGUGACGUGUACGACUAAUAAAACUGAAAUAUCAAUAGAUUCUACACAAAUACCAUUUCAAUGUAUCAAUAAUAUAACACGUAUACCUUGUUCGAAUGAUUCAGCAUGCUGUAAACAAGGUUAUCAAUUUCAUAGCGAUGUACAACAAUGUUUAUUUCAAUCAGUUUGUAAUGAAUCGAUAUGUGGUGUAAAUAAUACUUGUCAAAAUUCUGAACUAAAACCUAAUGGAUAUAUAUGUAUGUGUAAUGAUGAUCAAAUUUUCAAUGGAACAACAUGUAUUCAAAAGAAUAUUUGUGAUGAUGCAUCAUCAUAUCCAAAUGGUACUUUACCAUGUACGGGAGAAUUUGAAGAGGGUAUUGAUUCCGGAAAUCAAUGUAUAUGUCAAUGUCGGUCAGGUUUCACAAAUUCAUCAAAUCGUUGCAUAAGUACAUCGACAAACAUAACAUGCAGUAAUAUGACUAAUGUCUGUUAUAAUACAGCAACAUCAUCAAAUGCUUUCUGCCAAUAUCGAACACAAACUUACAAUAAUAGUACUAAUCAAUGUCAAAACACUUUUUGUUUAAACUAUUGUCAAAAUGGUACUUGUUCAACUAGUGAAAAAGGAUAUACGUGCAGUUGUCCUCCUGGAACACAUCUUGAUUAUGCAUUGAAUUGUGCUACAUGUGAAAAGGGAGCAGCUGGUCCUAAUUGUUCAUUACUAUGUGAUUGUGAAUUUGGAGUAUGUAACAUUAAUGCAACAAGUGAAACUGAUAAAUGUUCAUGCGCACCUGGUUAUACAGGUUUAAAAUGUGAUGAAUAUGUUAAUUAUUGUGAUCCACAGAACAAUACAUGUAAUGGAGAUAUAACAAAUCGAAUUUGUAAACUUACACCAACUAAUCGUGAUUCAUAUAAAGAUUUGAAGGCUUACAAUUGUAUUUGUAAAACGGGCUAUUCAGAUGUAUCAGGAGAUGGUAAUUGUACAGAUAUUGAUGAAUGUGCUGUGGCCUCUACAAAAGAAAAUAUUUGUCCAGAGGAUACGACAUCAUGUUUUAAUUCAAAUGGUUCAUAUAGUUGUACUUGUACUCAGGGUUAUGUAAAAGAUAAUUCAUCAAGUACUGGUGCAUGUGUUGAUGAAGAUGAAUGUACAACUAAUCAGUCUGCAUGUUCCUUAUAUACAAAUUCCUAUUGUGUUAAUUUGAGACCAUAUUUUGAAUGUCGUUGUCUUUAUGGUUAUGCGCCAGAUGGUGAUUAUAAUCAAAUUUAUGCAGCUUUGCGAGGUAAUCAAACAUGUAAAAUUUAUAAUCAAUGUGCUGCGAAUCGUAUUGAUUGUGGUGGUGGAACAUGUACUAAUAAUGCAAAUUUUAAUGAUUCAUUACCUUAUUGUUAUUGUAAUAAUUCAUUAAUACUUAUUCAACUAUCAGCAGGAAAAUAUGAUUGUAUAUGUCCAUCUAAUACACAUUAUUAUAAUGGAGGUAUAUGUACAAGACGACCUAAUCCAGAACUAGGUCUUGUUGGAGAAUCAACAUUUCUUAUUCGAGUCGAUUGUAAUAAUAGAACUGCUAUAAUCGAUGAAAUAAUAAGAAGAUUUAAUGAAACAUUCAAAUCGCCAUACAACAUUACAAUUCGAAACAAUACGGCAAAUUGUGAUGAAGCGGGUCGACAAGAUUUACUAUUUGAUAUUCAAACUGAUGAUAAUAUAACAUUACAAAAUGAUGUAUUCGAAAUACUAGAAAAUAUAACAACGAAUCUUAAUCUUGCUCUUUAUACUGUUGGUAAAUGUAACAAUAAAACAGAAUUAGUGAAAAAUGUUACAUCAUGUUAUCUAAUUGAUCUAUGUGAUUUAUGUGGCGGAGAUAUAAAACGUGGUGCAUGUUUACCAGAAACUGGUUUAAGUAAAUGUCACUGUUUUUAUAAUCCUGAUUCAUCAAGACCAUACACGGGCGACUUUUGUUAUCCGACAGAACCUACAUUAACUUCAUCUUCAUCUUCACGUUGGAUACCAAUUCUUGUUGGUGUUUUAGCUGGUCUCGCUGGUUUAUUUUGUGCUAUUACAUGUUGUCUAUUGGCUUUAGCUGCUUGGCGUCGUCGAAGACGACAUCCACAUGACGAAGAUGGAUUACGAAUUCGUCGUAUUUGGCAUUUACCAAGAGCACAAGUACCAGCAACUGUUACAGCUGAAAAUGUUCAAACAUAUUUAAGUAGUACUGCAUCUUCUACAAAUACAGCAUCUAGUGUACCUGAUGAUUCUACAUUAAGUAGCGAUCGUUCAACAUAUCGAACAACUUAUGAUUAUGAUGCAAAUGGAACUGUAAAUAGUGCAUUUUUUAAACAACUUGAUCAAAAUAUGGGUGCAAAAUUACGUGCAACAAUAACAAGACCUGAUACAAGUGCUGUAUUAUCAAGUUUACCAACUUUAACAACAACACAAUCAUUAUCAUCAUCAACAUCAAUAACAUCAAAUAGUGAUGAUCCAAUUGAUGAACUUGAUGCGAUUAUUGAUGAUGAAGAUCUAACAAUGACAUUUCAUGAUCCAUUAGAUGAUCUUUUUCAAAAUAAUGAAAUGCUUGAAGUUAUUAAUCCAAAUUUAAAAUUACCACGUCCGCAAAUUGAUUCAAAACCAACAGAUUUUGAUUUCCAAAGAAUACGAGCUACAGAUAAAUUUCGUAAAGGAUAUAAUGAGUCAAUAUCAUUAACUUCAUUGGCUAAUCAACGAAAUCUAUUAUCCAUAUCAAAAUGUGAUACAUUAAUAGUUGAGCUAGCGUCGGAAUCAAAUAUAAAUCUUACAGAAUCUUCUUUACCACCAAUACUUAAUGGAUGA